AUGGCUCAGUCGCGAUGAAAGGUACACAUCCCCUCCUUAUUCUGAGUGCUUCACAUACUUGUACCUUCUGCACGAGAUGCCAUACUGCGACUUAGUGCUGAGUAGAAGAUUCCCGGCUCCGCUUGAACACGGAUUUCUCCCUGGCGCCUCUCGCUACAGUGAUCGCGCGCGCUUGGCUUUUUGCCGCGCAAUCUCCUGUUCAGACAUCAGGAUUGCCGCUGACGAACUCAGUUACGAGCUCUACGCUCCCAACCACUUCGCUCGCCAAUUCGGCCUUGUUCAAUUAGUGCCAUUCCCUCUGUAUGAUGCUUGGAACUACAACACUUCUUGGCGUAGACUUGGACCUCUCUCUGGGCCUCCGCCAGCACAAAGCACACUCGCACUGGUUGAUCUCCCUGACUGGGCUAAAGAGAUUGACUCUGUGGAUGGGGCUGAGGAAGGAUACGAGGCAUGGUGGGCAGAAGUUUCUGUUAACUGCUGGAGGCAACAGCAUGAUGAGCUAUUCGCUGCCAUUUUCGGGGAACUGCGAUACCCCUAUACUGCCGACGUCGAUCUACUUGCUCGCGUCCCUGAAGACGUUGCACAAGCUCCUCCUCCUGCUGCUGAGCCGGCUCCGCGACCCGCGCGAGCCCCACGUCAGGCCCAGGCUGGUAUCGUAAUCCGCGAACCCCCUCAAGAGGGAAACACGCCAUUUUCUGGCAGUCGCGCAGCCAACACUUCCCAAGCCACUGGCCAGUCUGGGAAACAAAAGGCAGUAAUGACAGAGCCUGAAGACAAAGAAUCCUCCUCUGAUGAUGAUGACUCGCAGACGGUAAGAACUUUCUGUUUGAGUAAAUCAUACUUCCCCCACGAAUCAAACCUAAUCUUCUGA